CGCCAUCAAACUCAGUUGCGGUUCGGUCGUCGUUUGGAACACAUUGUGUGUGCCUUGAGUUCCAUUCAGAUUAUCCAUACAAAAACGCGAGUUUUUUUUUCAUCUAACGAUAAUCCACUGGAUGGUGUUUUGAUACAUCGGUAGAGACCGAUACGCCAAAAGUUUGCGUAAAAACUCACUCUUGAGAGUGAUCUUCAGUGCGCGCGCGUAACUUCCGUCAUCGAAGGUGGCAGCAAAGUGAGAGUUCUAUGCUGGAAGCAUGGAACUGGAAGUGUGAGAAUUGGAGAUUUCUUUUUCAAGAGCGUAAAUCCGAACCUUGAGCACAGAUUUGACAGUCCUGAUGCUGCCAAAACACGAUGGUAUUUUGAAGGAGGAACACAUCGACGUAAAGUGCGUGUUUGAAAUAAUUGCCAUUAAGAGCUAAGUGCUGGGAAAAUGCUAUGAAUUCAUUAAAAUCAAAUCGGUAUUCUGUUAGCAGGAAUGUGGUGCGAAGUUAACCUUUAACCUUAGCCAACUAAUUUAAUUAUAGGACAAUUAGAACAGAAAAUCGAUGAAAAACUAGGUCAAUGUGAAGUGAACAUAUAUCAAUUAAUCAAAAGCAAUACCUUCAAACAGUUUACCCAUUUCGAAGCACAGUUCAAACAGUUACAAAAUAGUAUCAGUAUUACAAAAAACUAGCCAAACUAGCAGACAAUCCGAAUCAAUCAAAAGAACAUUUGAUACCAGAACACAUCACGCAAGCGGUUCCACUUCCUCCUCAAUACAGCAGUGCGGCAUGGCGAUGGAGGCAAUAAUUAGUACAAUAAAGGAUGUCUUCCUGGGCAGUACCUGCGUUCAAAUCAUGGUGGUCUCCAUCCUCCUGAGCUUGGUAUGGCCCACUUUCAAGUACUACGCCAAGCUUACCGCAAUCCUGAUGAUGUCUUUCAUGGUGAUGGUUGUGCCAAUUCCACUAUACUUUUUCAAACCACGUUGGCCUCUAAACGCCCUCAUUCCGGGAAUUGUCGCAUGCGAGAUUAUCCGAUGGUUCGGCGUGGAGUACGAAAUUCGGGGGAAGGAGAACAUCAACGUCAAAAACGGUGGGGUGGCCCUCAUUAAUCAUCAGAGUGCCAUCGACAUCGUGAUGCUGUCUCGUUUGCUGCGUGAGUUCCGAAACAUUGUUCCGGUGGUGAAGAAGGAACUGUUUUACGCACUUCCCUUCGGAAUUGCUUCCUACCUGGUGGGGGUGGUUUUUAUCGAUCGGAAAAACAUCACCUCGGCGAAGGAUGUUAUGAAGCGCGAAGCCGUAGCCAUCCAACGGGAUAACCUCAAAUUGGCCAUAUUCCCGGAGGGGACGCGUCACGACAAAGACACGCUGCUGCCUUUCAAGAAGGGUUCGUUCCACGUGGCCAUCGAUUCACAGUCGAUUAUCCAACCCAUCAUCGUGUCCAAGUAUGGCUUUUUGGACCACAAAAAGAAACGAUUUGGCCGUGGGCGGGUGAUAAUUAAAAUUCUACCGGAGAUCUCGACCAAGGGCAUGACCAAAGACGACAUCAAUUCCCUGGUGGAGAAAUGUCAAACCACAAUGCAAGCGGAAUUUGAUGCACUUAGUGCGGAAGCGAAACAGUACUGCCAUCUGUAAGAACAAAAAUAAAAAAGGGAACAACUACUCUAGGGUUCGGUUGUGUUGUGGGCAACCGUUUUAGGUAUUAAUAGGAAUUCGAUUCGUACAUGAGCAUGACAACACAGACACACUUUGAAUCGUCGGUACCUGAGUCUGAGUGGCGCGUAGUCGAGUACCUACGUCACGUAGUCAAUUGAUUUCGAGGGUGAUAAGUGGAAAACGUUGCUUUAAUGAUGCUCAUUUAGUAAUCACUAUUUCGAUACUAGUAACUACCGUGCGUUGACAUAUAAGAUAUCGUCAUUCUAGUCUUAAUUUCAAAGGUCAGUUAGAAACUUUAGAACUAUAGGGACGAGGGAUCAUGUUUACUCUAAACAGUUGUUUGUUUAAUAAAUAUGGUUUAUUUUUUAAAGUUGUA